AUGGUUGGAACAAGCAUGGCUUUCUUUGAUGACAGAAGGGUGAAAAAGCGAGAAGAUCAAUGGCAAAGGAUUUUUGACAAGUAUUCAGUGGAAGACCCGAUCGAUGACGUUAUUGAUAUCCGGACGCUUACCAUAAUCGAAGACAACGGGCACAUUCGAGGCAAGAAGCGCCAGCCCUUUGGAGCAACAGACUGGGCUUCAAUAUGUAAUGGAGCAUCUUCUGCUCCCGCUCCGAAAAAGAGGAGGAAGGCUUUGAAGAGUGAGGAGAGCACUCCAGCUCCAGCUCCCAAAAGGAGGCAGGUGCGGGCUAAGAAAGACGCUCCAGGACCCGCUCCUAAAAGGAAGCAAUUGGAUGCAGAUGAGGACGUUUCAGCUCCUGCUCCCAAAAGGAGGCCAGUGAGGGCAAAGAAGGAUGCUCCAGCUCCUGUGAUGAAAAGGAGCCAUGAGCAGGCGGAUGAGGGCACUCCAGCUCCUGCUCCCAAGAGGAGGAACAUGCGGGAGAAGAAGGACGCUCCAGCUCCUGCUGUGAAAAGGAGGCAUGUGCAGGCAGACAAGGGCAUUCCAGCUCCCCCUCCAAAAAGGAGGCGCAGGGAAGAAUUCGAAGCCAGGGAACAGGAUGAGGCCAUUGCAGGUCCAUCGAACGUCCGCCCGAUCGCAAGGAGCCGAUUGGAGGACAUUUGCAGUCAGUUGUGGCAAAUGCAGCAGCAGGUGUCUUCCAGGGACCAGGGUUGUGACGUUGACGCCACAUCAUCACCGGCUGUGACCCACUUCCCGGCAUGCCGCACCACGCGGCAAUCCUCCUCCUGCUCCUCCUCCUCCAUCAUCCCCCGGGCGGCACGUCGCGCCCGGCGGCUCUCCUCCAGCUCCUCUUCGGCGCCAUCGGAGGACAUCGGCCCGGAUGCCGCCGACACGGACAUCGCCGCCCUGCCUGCCGCCCGAAAUCCUGUUGGGGUGGUUGCUGAUGGCGAAGACGCGGUUCCGAAGCGGAGGUGCCGCCCCGUAUUGCCGCCCCCGCCCCCGGUGCGUCGUUCGACGCGAGCGGUGUGGCCGGUCGAGCGGGUACCAGGCACCUGCCAAUUCGUUGCCGUGCCGCCCCCGUCUGCUGCCCCCCAGCAGGCGUCCCCGAACAGGUAA